AUGGACCCGAACACAAACGCCGCCUCGCGCCUCGCCGACAGCCCCGCAGGCAAGGAACCAGUGCAAGACGUAUUCAUCAUCAGCGCAGCGCGCACGCCCACUGCCCGCGCAAAUGGCUCGUUCGUCGACAUCUCGGCCCCGCAACUCGGCGCACACGCAAUCAAGGACGCCGUCCGCAAGUCGAACAUCCCCGUCUCCAAAAUCUCAACCGUCUACAUGGGCAACGUCCUCCAAGGAGGCGUAGGCCAAUCCCCCGCCCGCCAGGCAUCCAUCUUCGCCGGCCUCCCUGUAACCGUCGACGCAAUCACAGUGAAUAAGGUCUGCGCGUCGGGCUUGAAAGCCGUUGUCCUUGCCGCGCAGGAUAUCCAGGUUGGGGUCGCGGAGGUGCAGGUUGCCGGGGGGAUGGAGAAUAUGUCGCGGGCGCCGUAUUACCUUGCGAGGGAGGCAAUGAGUGGUCGUGGUGGUGGCGAUGUCAAGCUCGAGGAUGGGAGGGUCAAGGAUGGGCUUUGGGAUGUGUAUAACCAGAUCCAUAUGGGGUCCUGUGGAGAGAUUGUUGCGAAACGACUCGGGAUUACGCGGGAGGUUCAGGAUGAAUACGCCAUCCGGAGUUUCGAGCGGGCUCAGAAAGCGUGGGCGGAGGGAAAGUUCACGGACGAGAUCGUUCCAGUCCCCAUCCCCGGGAAAACAACUCGGAUACUCGAUCGUGAUGAGGGAUACGACAAGCUCCAACGAGACAAGAUCACGAAACUGAGACCCGCAUUUGCCAAGGACGGUGAGGGAACUAUUACAGCUGCGAAUUCGUCAUCCAUUAAUGACGGGGCUAGCGCGCUGGUGCUGGGGAACAGAGAGAUGGCGCAGCGGUAUGGGAAGGGAAGUCGGGUUCUGUCUAGACUUGUUAGCUGGGCGGAUGCAGGGUUGGAUCCUGUUGAUUUUCCCAUUGCGCCGGCCAAGGCUAUACAGCUUGCCUUGUCUCGUGCGGGGAUUCGCAAGGAGGAUGUGGCGGUUUGGGAGAUGAAUGAGGCGUUUGCGGCUGUUAUCAAGGCGAAUGAACAGAUUCUCGGCCUCGAGGGUGCGAACAUCAAUCCGCUUGGAGGAGCGAUAUCUCUAGGCCACGCUCUUGGAAGUUCUGGGUCAAGGAUCCUCACCACCCUCGUCCAUCAGCUGCAACCUGGUCAGUAUGGCGUUGCGGCAAUUUGCAAUGGUGGUGGUGCUGCAACAGCAGUGGUUGUACAGAGGAUCGAGGGUAUAGAAUCCGUGAAUGGGACGGCGAAGUUAUGA